CAGACCAGUCUAUGCAAAUAACAUUGGCUUGAAUUGUGCCAGACGCCCACCCACGAGAGAAAUGUUCCAGGCCAAACUGCCCAAUACCCCGGCAUCGGGCAAUGAUUCCGGGUGCAGCCCUGCGGUCAGUGUAGUACAGAGAUCUAAAUCUUUUAGCAUGAAGCCUGCGGUCAGAGAGCUGUGCUCUUCUUGCCAGAAAACCGUGUAUCCCAUGGAGCGGCUGGUGGCUGACAAACUCAUCUUUCACAACUCCUGUUUCUGCUGCAAGCACUGCAGUGCCAAGCUAAGCCUGGGGACGUACGCGGCACUUCAUGGAGAGUUUUACUGCAAGCCUCACUUCCAGCAGCUCUUCAAGAGCAAAGGGAAUUACGACGAAGGAUUUGGUCGCCGACCUCACAAAGAUUUGUGGACCCACAAGGAGACAGAGGAGUCGAGGGACAAAGCACCCUGAGUGGUCCCUAUGCUGGGUGCCAUAGUUGGGGGGGUGGGGUGUAUUUUCAUGCAGAUUAAGGCACUUUCCAUAGGUUGUAGCUGGUUUCAAUUAACCUCUUUCCUGCUGGGGAAGAGGUUCAUACGCCUGUUCCCAGAAUUCCUCCCUGGGGUCGUACUGAUCCAGGGAUUAAAGGCUGUUCACCCUAUCCUGUGUACUUCAACGUUUUAAAUCUUACAUUCCAGGGUGAAGCAGCCUUUUUUUGAAUUCUGGGUGCCCAUGGCUAGUGGGUUGGGUGGGGGCGGGUGGUGGUUAGGGUUGCCACCAGGCCGGUAAAAAUGAUGGUUGAUCCCAAUGUUAUUAAUAGGGAAAAUGAUAAAUAUAGAGGAAGGCCGGUAUUUUUUUCCAGGAAAAGGUGGCAACCCUAGUGGUGAUUGAGGAAAGGUGUCCUGUUUGAUUGUUGGGGGCAUUAGCCGACGCUGCAGGGGCUCGGUCCCAAUAGUCAACAAGUGCAGCUGUUUUUACAUAUCUCAGGGGCUGUAGGGGGGUUUCUAAGGGGGAGGGGGACAUAUGAUUCUCAGGAGACACCGCUGAUGUGUGUUUCUAUAGUGUUCCCUCACCAGACCGUAUGUUCAGGUCACCAGGACAUUGUCAUUUUGAGCUGUGGAUAAACACACUGGUCAGUCCCUGAGCCCAGUGCAACUUCCAUCCCGACUGCCAGUUCAGGAAUUCAAGUGCCACUUCUUGGCCAAGUCUAGUGCUUGCUUCUCUUUCAGGCCCUCUACUUUUUAAUUCCUCAAAAACCUCAUCAGCCUCUCCUUCUCUAGGGGAAGAAGGGAAGCCGCAACAUUCCUUAACUCUUCGGCUGCCGACGGCAGAAGGGGUUACUGGUUCUCUCUCUCUGCACUUGGCUUGAUGACUUGUUUACAGAACUUGAUCGCUACUUUUCCAGCUCUGAUUGUACAAUAAGAAGCCUCCCUGCUCCAGAUCUAGGGUUUUUACCCUGCUGCAGUGCAUUCUGGGUGUGGCCAGUGCCCCCAGUUAACAGUAUCUUGGAUUUUACACUUGCCACUAACAAUAUUUGUUUAGAAGCACAUGCUGAACUAUACCUUUCUGCCAUGGACUCCCCUCCAGGAAAUGAGUGGAGCAAAGCAAUAUUGCACCCCCAGCAGCUGUAGGAAAUUAAACCUUACCCAUAGUGCCCCUUUAGGCUUAAAAAAAGGCAUUAUUUUCAUAAAAAAUUAAAUUAGCACCUGAAAAUAAUACCAGCAUGCACUGCAGCAAUCCUAUAUAGUGCUGGGGACCAGGCACAUGGGUAUUCUUGGGCAGAUGUACAAAAAUCAGAGGUAAAAUAGAAAUGAUACCAAAACCAAAUAGUUACUUGGACUAUAUACAUUAUAGAUGGGGAGUGUAGCACAGUAAAACUCUUUCUGUACAUAGGAUUUAAACGUCAUGCAAUGGAUUUUCUGCAACCUUUGUCUCUGCGGCCCCUGGCUGCUGAAGGAUGCUGGGAGUUUUAAUUCAGCCCCAGUGGGGAGAGACAAAGGGUGGCCCCUGGCUUCUGAAGGUUCCCGGGAGUUUUAAUUCAGCCCCAGUGGGGAGAGACAAAGGGUGGUCCCUGGCUGCUGAAGGAUGCUGGGAGUUUUAAUUCAGCCCCAGUGGGAAGAGACAAAGGGUGGCCCCUGGCUGCUGAAGGGUGUUGGGAGUGUUAAUUCAGCCCCAGUGGGGAGAGACAAGGGUUGGUCCCUGGCUGCUGAAGGAUGCUGGGAGUUUUAAUUCAGCCCCAGUGGGAAGAGACAAAGGGUGGCCCCUGGCUGCUGAAGAGUGUUGGGAGUGAUAAUUCAGCACCAGUAGGGAGAGACAAAGGGUGGCCCCUGGCUGCUGAAGGGUGUUGGGAGUGUUAAUUCAGCCCCAGUGGGGAGAGACAAGGGUUGGUCCCUGGCUGCUGAAGGAUGCUGGGAGUUUUAAUUCAGCCCCAGUGGGGAGAGAAAAAGGUUGGCCCCUGGCUGCUGAAGGGUUCUGGGAGUUUUAACUCGGCCCCAGUGGGGAGAGACAAAGGUUGCAGAAGGCUGUUAUUACUGUUAUUAGGGAACAGCCCCACCUGGUGGUAAUGGGGAGAAAGUACAAGAGAAGCACACACGCACAUACAGAGAUUUCUAGGCCACAGAUUGCACAAGCAAUGGAUCUCAGGACCCACCUACACUCUGUAGAUCUGGAGCUGAACUCUUCUUUUCUGUGUAUAUUCUACACCCUGGUUCUGCCUUAUCCUUCUCCUGGCUCCUCUCUGGCUCGUGCCUUUGGCUGCAUAUUAUCAGGGUGUUGCCCUGGGCCCCCAAAAAGCAUAAUCUCUCUGUGUGCUUCUGGAUAUGCCGGUGUACGACUGUUCUGUGAUACAGGGUAAUUAUAUAAAGCAUCUCGCUGUUUU